AUGUCAUCCCACGUUGAAACGGACUUUCUCAUUGUUGGAGCAGGCCCAUCUGGUGCCACCCUCGCCAGUUGCUUGGGCCAAAAUGGACUCAAUGGAAUGGUGAUCUCUGAUUCCAUGAGCACGGCUGAUACGCCUCGAGCUCAUGCGGUCAAUCCUGCCGCAAUGGAAUGCCUCCGCGACCUUGGGCUUGAGGACGACUGCCUCCGCAUGGGCAUUACGGGCAAACCACUGCAGUCGUUCCGCUGGUGUAAGAGUUUUGCGGACGAGGAAUUCGGCAAGAUUCUUGCUUGGGGAGGCCACCCUCGCAACGCGCAUGACAUUGCUAUUGCCUCUCCUUGCCGAUAUCUUGAUUUACCCCAGUCCUAUAUGGAACCCAUCUUGGUCAAAUACGCCAGUCAUCAUAAUUUCGAGGUUUGUUUUAGAAACAAACUAGUCCAUGCCCAGCAUGUCCCAGAGGGCGUCCUUUGCGACAUCAAGAAUCUGACGACCGGUCACUGUUAUCAAAUUCUCACCAAGAUGUUAUUUGGGGGCGACGGCGGCCGGAGUCAAGUUGCGCGGUCCUUUCCCUUCAAGUUCGAUAAGAGGGCAGCAGGCGGUGUCUCAUGCAAUUUGCUUAUCGAAGCCGACGCGGAGCAUAUUGUCCCCGGGAGAGAGGCUGAGCUUCACUUCGUAGCUAACGCGGGACGUAAAUGGCGAUUCGGCAUCGGUGCCAUCCUUCGCAUGGUGAGGCCCUACAAGCUAUGGUUGCUCACAAUUAUCGCACCAGACAGCGAUGUGAAUCCCAUCGACAGCUUUACGACCGAAAGCCCGGAACUCAUCGAAUAUGUCAAGGAGGUGUUUGGCGAUGACAGCGUUGAUAUCAAGAUCCUCCGCAAAGAUCCUUGGACUAUUCGGGAGAUUGUAGCUGAAAGUUAUAGCCUCGACGGCAAAGUGUUCCUCGUUGGCGAUGCAGCACACCGCCAUCCUCCAGCGUUUGGCCUCGGGAGCAACAUCAGCAUUGCCGAUUCCUACAACCUGGGUUGGAAAGUCGCUUACGUUCAUAAAGGUUUAGCGGGCAAGGAACUACUGGACACGUACACCGAAGAACGUCAACCAGUAGGGGCUCUUGUAGUGAAGAUCACCAAUGAAGGAUACCGAGACAUCAACACGUGGCGAGAGUUUGGAGUAUUGGCUCCCACAGCGCAGGAGGGCAUCAAAGAACUGGAGAAGCUUUACUUGCCAAAUCAUGAAGGCGUGCAGCGAAGGAUGCGAGUCCACAAUGCCUUCGAGGAAGGGGCCCGGAUCGCUGAAAGUAUCGGUGUUGCGCUGAACACUUGGUACACUUCGAGUGCCGUCUACUUGAAUGACGAAACAAAUGCGAGACCAGAGCUUGAAGGAGAGUUUAUCACAAAGCCUCUGAUCAGCACGUACCCUGGGAUUCGAUUGCCUCAUGCUUGGCUGGAUAUCUCGACUCGUAAGAAGGAGAUUUCCACGCACGACCUUGCUGGUCAUGGCUCGUUUUGCCUUCUCACUGGCGUCGGUGGAACUUCGUGGAUCAACGCUGCCAGGAAGGUUGCCGAAACAACUGGUAUACCUAUAAAUGCCUAUAGCAUCGGUUUUGGAUGCGAUUAUCAUGAUGUGUACAGGGACUGGUAUCGCUGGCGCGAGGUAAAUGAGGACGGCUGUGUCCUUGUUCGGCCUGACCGCGUGGUGUGUUGGAGGGCUUCUGGUAUGGUCCCAAACUGUGAGGAGAAACUAUCGCAAGUCCUUGAUCAAAUUCUCUCUCGGAAAGCCCAAUAG